AUGUUGAUUCCUUUUGCAGCUCAUUGUGCUCGAUUCUUCCGCAAUACGGGUUGGUGGUAUGACACAGAAAAUCUUUGUGGAUCAGCCGAUUUGAACGGCAGUCCGUAUAAUUGUUCGAAUAAACCAUCGAACAGUGAUCUGAUUCACUUUAUGAAAUGGAACGGUAAUCCAAUUAGUGCAUCACAGCUCUACUUGAGACCAGCUGAUUUCCCCGAUUACGAUACUGAAAAAACUACUACUGAAUUGUACAUCACCAUCAAUCCAGCAACAGUCAUGACUGCAACACCACCUGCUUGGAAAACGACGACCUCAUCAACAACACCACCACCUCCUGAAAGGAAAACGACUAGAUCACCACAAGAAACAAUUAGGCCGACCUACCCACAUAUGACUCCUGAAACUGAGGAGAACACCACUCAUCGCUAUCCAUUUAAGACAGGAGCAACUAAGUCGCCAUAUAUGACUCCUGAAACUGAGGACAAGACCACUCAUCGCUAUCCAUUUAAGACAGGAACAACUAAGUCGCCAUAUAUGACUCCUGAAACUGAGGACAAGACCACUCAUCGCUAUCCGUUUAAGACAGGAAGAACUAGGUCGCCAUAUAUGACUCCUGAAAGUGAAGAGAUCACCAAUCAUCGCCAUCCAUUUGAGACAGGAACAACUAAGUCACCAUAUAUG